AUGGGCACACCAACAGCCACACCGGUUAAUGACAUUGACCUCCAGAAGGGCGACACAGAGAGCCUUGACGACAUGGUCCUCACUCCAAAAGAACAGCGGAAGAUCAUCUGGCGUGUUGACCGGCGAUUGAUUGUUAUUCUGGGGCUGCUGCAUACCGUCGCUCUGAUUGAUAGAGGCAACAUUGGGACCGCCGCAGUAGCUGGAAUGAAGCAAGAGCUGCAUCUCGUGGGAACGCAAUACAGUACCAUCGCAGUGGCCUUUUUCCCGCCAUAUAUUUGCCUGCAGAUUUUCGGACCUCUUCUUGUGCGGAGGAUAGGCCCUAUAUACUAUCUCUCUGGAGUGUGCUUCACCUGGGGAGCGGUCAUGUUUUUGAUGGAGAAAACGAAGCUAUCUGCAGGAUUUGUCAAGAAAUGGUCGGAGAUGCUGGGAAUCCGGGUUAUUAUUGGCGCCCUCGAGGCUGGCUUUUUCCCAGCCUCGGUGUAUCUGAUCGCAACCUGGUACACGCGCUUUGAAAUGCAAAAACGUUUCGCCAUUUUCUAUUUGCUUGGCUGCGUUGCUUCUGCGACGACGGGCAUCCUGUCCUACGGGAUUACAUUUAUGCACGGCCUGGGCGGCCUCACAGCCUGGCGCUGGAUCUUUGUAAUCCAGGGCCUUUUGACCUGCGUUCUGGCCUUUAUAAGCUACUUCAUCCUCAUCGACUUUCCAGACAAAAUGAAAACCAGCCGCCACCGCCGCUCCUCCUUUCUCACCGAAGCCGAAUACACCUUCAUCACCGAGCGCAUUCACCGCGACCGCGCAGACGUCACCGCCGAGCCUUUCAACCUCCGCAAGUACCUCGCCGCAGGCCUGGACCUGCACGUCUGGGGCUUCGGGUUGAUAUACUACUGCACGACGACGACCGCCUACGCGCUCGCGUACUUCCUGUCGCUGAUCUUCCGCGAGGGGAUGGGGUUCUCGACGGGCGCAUCGCUAUGUCUGUUUGCGCCGCCGUAUGUCGCGGCGGGGAUUGUCAUGUUUGCGGGCUCGUGGGUUGGUGAUCGGUACCGUGUCCGAGGGGCCAUUAUCGUGUUCAAUACCGUUUUGACGCUGAUUGGAUUGCCGCUGAUGGGUUUUGCAAAGGGAAAUGGUGCCAGGCUAGUAGGGUGCUUUUUCACCACCAUAGGCGCAAACUCGAAUAUCCCCGCUGCGAUGGCGUACCAGGCGAACAACGUCCGCGGACAGUGGAAGCGCGCAAUCUGCAGCGCCAUCUUCGUCGGCCUCGGCGCCUCGGGGGGCAUGACAGGGUCGCUGGUCUUCCGCGAGCAGGACGCGCCCAAUUACAGACCGGGAAUCUGCACGUGCAUCGGGCUGACCGGGUUGAUUCUGGUCUUUGUUGGGCUGCUUUCGUUGCGGAUGCACUUGAGGAAUCGCAGGGCGGAGAGGGGGGAGAUGGUUAUUGAGGGGCUUGAAGGGUUUCGGUACACGCUUUAG